GGUCCAGCUUGGUUUCUUUUUGACUACCGUCCUUUCUUUUAUAUAACAUAUUUAUCUUCCACCUUUCUCCUUCGCUUUGUUCUGUCGGCCCAAGGGCAGCUCAUCCGAGGCCUUUCAUUCCUUUUCCUCUUCUUUUCACUGCCUGCUGUGCGGUUACGACUUAAAGUGAUUUAUCACUAUUCCACUCUUUUUUCCCAUAAUCAAUAACCCGCGCCGCGAACACAACCCAGCACUCGAAUUUGUCGACAGUAUAAUCAAAAAAAAAAAAAAAGCAUACACAUACUUCAUAGAUUCCGCUCGAUACACUGACGCCGGUGUAAUUUCUGAUAGCUCUUGAUCAUUCAGCGUGGCAGCUGGAAAAUCUAGCGCAUCAAGAUCAAUCCCGUCAGACAUAUUCACUAUAUCCAACAAGCACCCAAGCGAAGCGAAGAAUAUCAAACAAUCCAAGAUGUUGGCCAAUUUGUUCUCCGUUUUCCAUUCUUCAAAAUCGGCCAGGGCCCCAGCAUCCCGAUACAGGCCUUCAAGAAUCACGGGCGAAGAGCACUUUAACCUCCUCGCAUCCCUGCAGAUGGCUGUGCACGACCAGUCGGUGCAAUGUGAAAAGCCAUCCUCUGCGGCUGAGAUGCUACACGGCACGAAUGGGACAAACCUGAGGAAGCAGGGCCGCUUAUGUUUAACUUUUGCACUAAAAAACUACACUUCCACCUCCGACCCAGAGAAGAUCCGCAUUGCCAACGAGCUUGAGGAGGCCAUUGACGCCGCAUACUCGGAUGGGGAUUACAGACAUAGGAUAUAUCAUAUUGGUGGAUGCCUUAAUGCAAGAAAAUCCACUGCUCCUCCAAGGCAUCCUAACUGGUGAAUUGGCUGUUGAGAAAAUUGCAAUUUCAGGCGCGAGUGGCCUAUCACCUGCCACCUCCCCGAUCCACGAGAAGGGUAGCGCAUUCGGGAUAGAAUCUGGAUGGUGCUAGUGGGAGUAUAGAAAGAUGAACAAGCAUGGAUGCGAAGUGAAGUCAAGUAGCUUUUUCGGGAAUUAUCUGAGAUUUUUUUAUCUUAUAUCGUAGAUAUAAGACCUUUUUCUUUUUUUUUUUCUUAUAGGCCAUGUAUAAAUUAUUGUAGGUUAUUCUGAAUGAAGGAACUUUCAUCCCUA